AUGGCUCCCGCGACGCUAUUGCCGGGCUCUGCCGCAAGAGAAUUUGACGAUCCUAUGGAUAUCGAUGAAAAUCCUAUCAGUCGCAAGUCAUCCAGCAAGCGCUACAAAGCCCGCAAAGAUAUCUAUUUGCCUCCAGAACUAGUCAUUCAUAUUCUAUCAUUCAUCCCGCUAAAACCCAGCUCCCAAACGACGUUAUGGUCCUGCUGUCUGGUCUCGCGGACAUGGUAUACUGCUGCCGUACCGCUCCUCUACGAUAGUCCGCACAUUACUGGCAGAAAUUUUACAAGAUUCAUAACAACUGUUUGUCCAUCCAUUAACGCACAUGUUCGCAAGAGCGAGCUGGCCGACCUGGUCCGGAGACUGGACAUGGGAGAGCUGGUGCACAAUGGCAGCAAGAGUUUAACAGCGCGACUGCUGGGUCGGGUCAAGGUUCGACUUGAGGAAUUCGUUGCCCCACAAGCGUCAUUUGCAAUCAACUGCUUCGCCGCGCUCAGCAAAUGUACCAAAAUGAAACAUCUCGACCUAUCACUCAUCUCGCAGUCCAUUUCCCUGCACGAUCUAUUUCACGCUCUCAAACCUCUCACUGACCUCGAGACACUCUGGUUCCCUCGAUGCGCAAACCAUGACCGCGGCUACGAUUCGAUCACCAGCACGUGGCCUCCGAGCCUGAAAACACUGCACUUGACAGGCGGCGUGUCGAACCAUUUCUUGCAGUACCUGACCAACAUGCCUCCCAGCCUCUCCCGACUGACAAUCAAGCACUGCCGAACGGUCGGGGCCACGAAUAUCUUGGCCAUGCUUGAAGUACUUGGUCCACAGCUCACGCACUUGCACAUCGACCAUAACAUCCCCUGCCUGUGGUACCAGUCACUAGACAGGCUGCUACUCCUAUGCCCCAAACUUAUUCUACUGCGAGUGCCAUUGGAUUUUAUAUCCGGCAUGUUUGUAGAUCCCAUCAAUGCGCCACCGGAAUCUCCGCAUCCAUUGCAAACGCUAGAGCUGGAUAGUUCGGGCGAUUCUGGUGUCGAAACCAACAUGGUCCCUGACGACCUAUUUCUGGCCGUCGACGAGGGACCGUUGAGGAACCUUCGACGAGUGCUAGUCGGUACGCGUGUCGCAUGGAAACGGGUUGAAGGGUUCCGCCGUGACCUGACCGACUUGGUUGUUCUAUUGGAAGAACGUGCCGAGGAGCGAGCUAAGGCGCGGAAGGAAGCGCAGGAGCGGAAAAAGGCAGAAGAAAUGGUUGAUAUGUUUGCCUUUUCUGCCGAUCAAUAUGGUCAAUACGAUCGAUACGGUCAACCUAGUCAGCCCAGUCAAUACGGCCGAUAUGGCCAUUACAGCCACCACCGUCAGCCCGGUCGAUAUACCCAGUAUGAUCGGUAUAGGCCUCAAAAUCAGAACUCCUCAAUCUAUCGUCCACAUCGCCGCUCUGUUACUGCCCUGGACCGGCGACUUCGAAAGCCAUCAGAGGAGAAGAAGGCCGGAGACACCGCCUCUAAAAAGAAAGAAAAAGAAGAAGAAGAAGAGGACCCGAAGAAGGCAGGUAUCUGGACUGUCCAUCUCGAAUUCUUCGGCAUCGAUGAAGACAUUGAGGAGAAGGUUGCAGAGAUGUUAUAG